CGGCCACCUCCCGGCACCGCCGCACGGAGCAGGUCCCGGGUGCAGGGGGAGACCCGGGGGCAGAUUAAUCAGCCACUCGAUGGGGAUUAACAGUGGAGCACCUCUUUGUGUCGCCUUUCCACCUCUCUGUAGCAAGAAUAACAACUUCAGCACUUCUUCAAUAAUAAUUAUGAAACUGGUAUUAACUGAAUGGCAAUUAUGGAUUUUUAACUCUAACUCACAGUAAACCAGCAAGCCAUAUGUUGAAAUUCCUACCAAAUAGCUUUUCAUUCUUAAUGUCUCUUAUCUAUACAAGAAGUUGCAAGAUACCUGUUUGUACAAGAGGAAUAUAAGCAUUACUUCCCUGAGGAACAGAAGCUGAAAGAGAAGACACCCUAACUUGUUUGUGGAGUUAUGGUAGUAUUAUUUAUAUAGAUAUAACAAAUAUAUAUAUUUUUUAUGGUAAUGAAAAUGGCUCCCCAGAAUGCUGACUCGGAAUCUAUGCAAGUUCAAGAUCUACCUGUGGCACAGCUUCAGAAACCAGAAAACAAGGAGAAUGAAAGUAGGGAGGAGACCAUUAGUGAAGGAUCCAUAGACAGGAUACCAGUACGCCUGUGGGUGAUGCAUGGUGCAGUAAUGUUUGGCAGGGAAUUUUGUUAUGCCAUGGAGACAGCUUUGGUAACACCUGUAUUGUUACAAAUUGGUCUUCCUGAACAAUACUACAGCCUCACUUGGUUCCUUAGCCCUAUCCUGGGCUUGAUCUUCACUCCGCUUAUAGGUUCGGCUAGUGACCGCUGCACACUGAGCUGGGGCCGCCGGCGGCCUUUUAUUCUUGCUCUCUGCAUUGGUGUCCUCUUUGGAGUUGCACUUUUCCUUAAUGGUUCUGUUAUAGGUCUGGCUAUUGGCGAUGUCCCGGACAAGCAGCCCAUUGGUAUAGUUCUCACGGUGCUUGGUGUUGUGGUGUUGGACUUUUGCGCUGAUGCAACUGAAGGGCCAAUUCGGGCCUACUUGUUGGAUGUGGUGGACAGUGAAGAGCAAGACAUGGCCCUUAACAUCCAUGCGUUUUCAGCUGGUCUUGGAGGAGCAAUCGGUUAUAUGUUAGGAGGGCUGGACUGGACACAGACCUUCUUGGGUGGUAUUUUUAAAUCUCAAGAGCAAGUCCUUUUCUUCUUUGCAGCCAUUAUUUUCUCUGUCUCCGUUGCUCUCCACCUUUUUAGCAUUGAAGAAGAGCAAUAUAACCCUCAGCAGGACAGGAUGGAUGACGAAGGAGACACGCUUUCCAGUGUCAAAUUCAGUGGUAGUCUCCCCCCUCUGAAUCGACUGAAUGUAAUUAGUGAGGAAGAGCCGUAUGGAGCCUCUAUGUUCCAUGACGAGGUUCAGUCAGAGCAUGACCUCAAUAUGGAGUUCCUUGAGGUGAACAUUGUAAGAAGUAAGAGUGACUCGGUUCUGCACAUGCCCGAUGCUACAUUGGAAAUUGAAUCAGAGCUGCUUUUUCUGCAUGACAUUGAACCCUCCAUUUUUCAGGAUGCUUCUUAUCCAAACACUCCCCACAACAGAAGCCAAGAGAUCAUGAAGUCCAAACUCAACCACCUAUCUGCUUUCCUCAGGGACAACGAGAAAGAGGAGGACAUGUUGCUUGAUAAUCGCUUAAAUGAAGAUAAAGUCCCAAACGUGAAUGGCUCCUUACCAAAAGAGUUCCUCAAUGGACACGCUAGAAUAGGCAUGAAGCAAUCUAGUACUUCAAACUCCAUGCGAAGGCGGAGGCACAUGUUCUACCGUCAGCCAUCUUACACCUUCUCGUACUAUGGCAAAAUAGGCUCUCACCGCUAUCGCUUUCGUCGGGCCAAUGCCAUCGUCUUGAUAAAGUCCUCACGCAGCAUGAAUGAUAUCUACGACAUGCAGAAGCGGCAGCGACAGAGGUACAGACACAGGAAUCAGAGUGGCACAACAAAUUCAAGUGGAGACACAGAGAGCGAAGAGGGGGAAACUGAAACCACUGUCAGACUCUUGUGGUUGUCGAUGCUAAAGAUGCCAAAGGAGCUGCUGAGACUGUGCGUCUGUCACCUCUUAACUUGGUUUUCGAUCAUUGCUGAAGCUGUGUUCUAUACAGAUUUCAUGGGACAGGUCAUCUUUCAGGGCGAUCCAAAGGCCCCUUCUAACUCAACUGAGUUACAUGCCUACAAUGCUGGAGUUCAGAUGGGAUGCUGGGGACUGGUAAUUUAUGCUGCUACUGCUGCCGUUUGUUCAGCCUUGUUGCAGAAAUACUUGGACAACUAUGACCUUAGUAUAAAAGUGAUCUACAUCCUGGGCACGCUGGGUUUUUCUCUUGGCACUGCAGUGAUGGCUAUGUUCCCCAACGUGUACGUCACCAUGAUAAUGAUCAGCACUAUGGGAAUAGUCUCUAUGAGUAUCUCCUACUGCCCCUAUGCGCUUUUGGGACAAUACCAUGAUAUUAAAGAGUACAUUCACCAUAGCCCCGGGAACUCAAAGCGAGGAUUUGGCAUAGACUGCGCUAUUCUGUCGUGUCAGGUUUACAUCUCCCAGAUCCUCGUGGCCUCUGCACUUGGUGGUGUGGUGGAUGCGGUUGGCACAGUCAGAGUCAUUCCCAUGGUGGCUUCAGUGGGAUCCUUCCUGGGUUUUUUGACAGCUACCUUCUUGGUGAUUUACCCCGAAGUCAAUGAAGAGCCAAAGGAAGAACAGAAAGGACUAGGUCCUCCAGAGACAACCGAGGGCAACAGCACGAGCGCAGAGAAGCCGACCGUGCUGAAGCUCACGCGCAAAGAAGCUGCUGUGUCAGAGCUGGAGAGCGAGUCAGCCGUGUGAGGCCGUUGCUUGUUGUUCACCCACAUUCCAGGGAGGGCAGGUGCAGGAUCAAGAACUUUUUUUUUUUUUUUUUCCAGGAAAACAAAUUAGGAUCUUCACUACUUGUAGCUAAAAUUGCAGAAGAAAAGGCAGUUUCAUGCAAAAGUGUAAAUGAAAUUCUGUAGUCCUUAAUAUAGGUUUGAACAGGUAGCUAUGAUGCUAAUUGCUUUCUCUACAACUUAGAAACGUCAUUUCUGAACACUUUUUUAUUAAGAAUACAUUUAGAUUUCGAAUAAGUAUUAUUAAUCUGCAUGAGACUCACAGUGUAUACAAUUAGCAGUUAGAAAAAUUAAGUUUUCGGCUGUUUUUAAACUAACUGAAAAUGGAAGCUAUCUUGACUUAUAGUCUCUUGCUAUUAUUUUGUCUGAACAUUUCAGAUUUCACUAGUGUAAUAGCUGAAUCAAACGCUUAGACAUCUUGAUCAAUUUUUUUCUUAAGCAUGAUAUUAUUGGUCUGACAGCUACAGUUCUUUAACGUUAAUUUUAGACUUCAUGUUUUUGUUAGUGCAAUUACUACAGAAUAGUUUUAUUUGCAAUUAUUUUCAAGAAAAACAAAAGCAAUUACUGCGGUUUCUAAGAAACUGCUGUGAAUCCUUUUAGUCAUGCCGUUCAACAACUACUCCCAAGUCUGCUGCUUGUCAAGAGAGGGUGACACUGGGUGCAUGAUGUGAACUAUAGAUGGAAGGAGCAGCAACUAGGAGAGGUGACCAGCACUCGCAGGUUUUUAUCACAAGUGCUGCAUUUUAUGAAUGUCGUUGGAAUACGCUGUGACAAUUUUUAGCUGGGAGUUUUGCGUGCUGGUGAACUCGGGGGUUUUCUUGGCAUUUAAACCUGAUCAUCUCUGGAUGAAGCUGCCAUGGAGAAAGGGUGUCUCUGGGGUCAGCUUCGUGGGAGGGGGCAUGCGGAUUCUCUUUCGUAGGGAAAGGAAGUCGUUGAUUAAUUGCACUUUUUACGAUCCUUUAACCUCCUGGCUGGGAAUGCAGCAGCCAAGGUAAAGGCACGGUGUCAGUACAACAAGGUAAACCGAAGGCCUACCUCCGUCACUUUAUGGUAUAGUCUGGGUGUAUAAAAAUCUGUGUCAGAACCAGUUUUUAGACCUUAAAAUUCAAUCCACUAGCAUGUAUUGCUGUUCCAGUCCCUGUGUUGGAGGAAUUGUAGGCUGGAGCUCUUCCGAGCUGCCGUACCAAUGUUGUCAGCGCAACCUCCAUGCCCCCUUCCUUGAUUCAGGACAUAGCUGCAGUGCAAAGACAUUUUUCUGUGAAGAGCUUGAAAGAGUUGUGCUAAUCUGAUUUAAAACGGCGUUUGGAUCACUAGCAGUGUGCCCCAGUCCGUGGGCAGCCAAAGCUCAGCGGUCCAGCAGCCAUUUAAAGCAACUUUAGAAACCGAACUUCCGUUUGUCGUCUUAUAAGAAGUGUUUGUGAUGCUAUUUACUCAUUUUCGCAUGGGCCUCCGGGCUGCAGUCAAUCCGUGUGCUAAACAGACAAAUCACAGCUCGUUGUAAGAUUUCUGCUGCCUCAAACUUCUCAUACUACAGUACUUUAAAAUGCAUGUGUAAAUCAUGCUGCAAUAUAGUCAUUCAAAAGAAGAAUAUAUAUUUCAAAAUGAAAAGCAGUUUUUAAUAAAUUACUUGAAUUGUCAAUGUAUUUAAGAAAUGUAUGUUUUGGUAUGUUUGAAGUUAACGCGCAGUCUUGGCCAGCGUCAUUGACAAAUUCCUGGUGGCAUACGUGGGUUUCUUAGCUGAAGGCUUUCAGUCGGUGCCGAUGUCCUAUGCUAUCAAGGGUGACAACGUUGUUUUUAGGCUGGUAAAAUCACUGAGCACUAAAGUACACGUAAUCACACAGGAGUUUGGGUUGUUUGGUUUUUUUUUUUUUUUCCAAGUGUCGUGAGAAAGUCUUUUUUUCUUUAAGGUGAAUAUUUUUUUAUUUAGAACACAUACUGUGAACUGUGUUCAGACAGGGGAAUAAUACUACUGAAGAAUAUGAGACCUUAUCAAAGAAAUCAGUUGUGAGAAAUACUUUAACUGAACUUCUGCCGUGAAUUUUAUCAUCUCAAUUACAUUUAAUAUAUUCUGGUGAUGUUCAUAUAUAACAGAGAUGAGUUGUAUUUCACCCUAUAACUGGCAUUCAUGUAAAAUACACACUGAGUUAGACAUUUUAAAGUGGCUUUAAUAUUUUUUAUUUUUAAAGCUCCUUGAAGAUUCUGCUUUUGGUUAAACAAUGCUGUCAAGUACUCCUUAUUUUAAUCUCUAUUUCUGGAAAGGUUCUUCUACAGUUUAAAAAUCUGCAUCUUCUGGCCGGUGCCAGCCAUAAUUACGCUUUUCCCCAUGAGUUUCAUGAAUCAGUGUGGUUUCAAAUCGCCGUUACUCCACAUAGCACCUUCGUAAGCCAAGAUUUCUUUCACAGCAUCAUCGAGCUGACCAAGGUCUAGCUGCAAAGAGGGAGGAGAAGUUGAAGCUCCCUCUUGCUUCGCACCUAGCAGAGGGAAUGCGAAACCGUUUUGGGGGGUGAGCUCACACACAUUUAUUUAGUUUUCUCAGUCAGGGAAAG